AUGUUCUUGUUGGAGGCGGCUGCGGCGAUGACGUACGGCGUCGGCGUCGCUCAGAACAACGCAGAUCUCGGUGGAGGCGGUGGGAUGAAUGACGAAGAGUACGAUGAGAACUCAUCCGCACGACUAUUCGAACGCAGCCGUAUCAAAGCACUUGCAGAAGAACGUGAGCACGUGCAGAAGAAGACAUUCACAAAAUGGGUCAACUCUCAUUUAGUGAGAGUCAGUUGCAAAAUCCAAGAUCUCUACAUGGAUAUGCGAGAUGGGAAGAUGUUAUUGAAACUCUUGGAAGUCUUAUCCGGGGAGCGCCUGCCAAAGCCUACCCGUGGUAAGAUGCGUAUCCACUGCCUCGAAAAUGUCGACAAAGGACUGCAGUUUCUCAAAGACCAGCAUGUGCACUUGGAGAACCUCGGUUGUCACGAUAUCGUCGACGGAAAUCCGCGCCUCACUCUAGGUCUUAUCUGGACGAUCAUUCUUAGGUUCCAGAUUCAAGACAUCACUUUUGAAGACGCCGAUAAUCAUGAAACGCGCUCUGCUAAAGAAGCGCUAUUACUCUGGUGCCAGAUGAAAACUGCUGGUUAUCCAAACGUAAAUGUCAGGAACUUCACAACUAGUUGGCGUGAUGGUCUAGCUUUCAACGCCCUGAUUCACAAACAUCGCCCUGAUUUGAUUGACUAUGACAAUCUACAAAAAUCGAACGCUGUUUACAAUCUUCAAAAUGCUUUUGAUACUGCCGAGCAACAACUUGGAUUGUCAAAGUUCCUCGACGCGGAAGAUGUGAAUGUACGCGAUCCUGAUGAGAAGUCCAUCAUCACUUAUGUUGUUACGUACUACCAUUAUUUCAACAAAAUGAAACAAGAAACAAUCCAAGGAAAACGUAUAGGAAAGGUUAUCAAUGAACUUAUGGAGAAUGAGAAGAUGAUCAACAGAUACGAAACAAUUUCUUCUGAUCUUUUGGAAUGGAUUAAAGAGAAAAUAGAGAUAUUGAACGAUAGAACUUUCCAUAAUUCUCUGCAUGGAGUACAAGAGCAACUUGCAGAGUUUAAUGCAUAUCGCACUCAGGAGAAACCACCAAAGUUUGAGGAGAAAGGCGAACUUGAGGUGCUAUUGUUCACUCUACAAUCUGCUAUGCGUGCUAAUAAUCAGCGCCCCUUCGUCCCUCGCGAGGGAAAGCUUAUAGGCGACAUCAACCGAGCUUGGGAUACUCUGGAGAAAGCAGAACACGAACGUGAACUAGCGUUGAAAGAAGAGCUGAUACGCCAGGAGAAACUUGAACAACUUGCUGCUCGGUUCAAUCGUAAGGCUGAAAUGAGGGAAACAUGGUUGACUGAAAACCAACGGCUCGUUAGCCAGGAUAACUUUGGAUCCGAUCUUGCCAGUGUUGAGGCUGCCACCAAGAAGCAUGAAGCAAUCGAAACAGAUAUCUUCGCAUAUGAGGAAAGAGUGCAAGCCGUUGUAGCUGUUGCGGGAGAACUUGAAGCUGAGAACUUCCAUGGAAUCGAGGAGAUCAACAACCGCAAAGAGAAUGUGCUCAAGCUGUGGAAUUACUUAUUCCAGCUUUUGCUUGCACGACGUGUUCGACUUGAGCUGUCCAUGGCCAUCCAACGAAUCUUCCAUGACAUGCUUCUCACACUUGACCUUAUGGACGACAUCAAGGCACGGCUUCUCUCGGAUGAUCUUGGUGCUCAUCUGAUGGACGUAGAAGACAUGCUGCAGAAGCAUGCUCUUUUGGAGUCUGACAUCAACAUCAUUGGUGAACGCGUACGCAAUGCAGUUGCACAGGCGCAACGCUUCCGUGACCCGGAGGGUCCCGACGGGAGCGGCUAUCUCCCCGUUGAGCCUGCAGUUGUCGAUGAACGUUCGGCAGUUUUGCAGCAAAGAUACCAAGAACUGCUAGAUUUGGCGGCGCAGCGUAAACGCCGUCUUGAAGACAACCGUAGAUUGUGUCAGUUCUGGUGGGACGUUGCUGACCUCGAGAACAACAUCAAGGAUCAAGAACAAGUGCUUAGUUCAACUGAUACUGGCAAAGAUAUCGUGACGGUAUCGCACCUUCUCGCAAAACAUAAGAACGCUGAAAACAAUCUUGGUGAUAUUGAACGUCAAUUAGAGGAGCUUCAGAAGGAUGGAAACCAGCUGGUGUCCGAGAAAAUUCCAGGUUCGGAUAACAUCCCUCCUCGGAUCCAAGAGAUUCGUGAUUAUCUAAGAAAAUUACGAGACCUUGCUUCUGCUAGACGUGAGAGGCUCGCUGGAGGUGUUGACUAUUACCAGUUCUUCACCCACGCUGAUGACGUAGAUGCAUACCUUCUUGACACACUGCGAGUGGUCUCUAGCGACGAUGUUGGGAAAGAUGAAGGCACCGUGCAACUUCUCCUCAAGAAACAUGACGAUGUCUCUGAUGAAUUACAAACCUUCGACACUCAAAUAAAACAGCUCUAUCAGAAAGCUGAAGCUUUGCCAGUCGAUGCACGUGAGCACCCCGACAUUCGAGAGCGAUUGGAUUCCACCAUCAAACGUAAAGCGGAACUAGAGAAUCUUGCUCAGUUGCGAAAACAGCGUCUUAUUGACGCCCUUUCGCUCUACAAACUCUAUGCUGAUGCUGAUUCUGUGGAAGCAUGGAUUGACGAGAAGGGUAAACUCUUGGCAACUCUCGUACCAGGAAAGGACCUUGAAGAAGUCGAAAUUAUGAAGCAUCGCUUCGAGACACUCGAACAAGACAUGAGAAAUCAAGAAGCGAAAGUUGGCACUGUUAACGAACUUGCGCGCCAAUUACUGCACGUGGAGCAUCCUAAUUCGGAUGAUAUUCUUCAACGUCAAAAUAAACUCAAUGCUCGUUGGGCUCAGCUACGCGACAUGGUAGACCAAAAGAGAACUGAGUUAGACCGAGCUCACCGUCUCGAGACUUUCCGAAUCGAUUGUCAAGAAACUGUCACUUGGAUUGAGGACAAAACGCGCGUGCUUGAAGAUUCCGAUGCUCUUACAAACGACCUUAGUGGAGUCAUGAAACUACAAAGAAGGCUUUCAAUGAUGGAACGCGAUCUCGGUGCUAUCCAGGCAAAGCUUGAUGCCCUCCAUAAAGAAGCAGAUUCGAUUGAACGUGAGCGUCCAUCGGAAGCGCAGGCGAUUCGAGAAGAUAUUAAACGAAUCCAUCAUGUGUGGGACAUACUGAAUAAAAAAGUGCGCGAACAUGAAGCGAAAUUGGAUGAGGCUGGAGAUCUUCAACGAUUCCUUCGUGAUUUGGACCACUUCCAGGCAUGGCUUACUGCCACACAGCGACAGGUUGCUUCUGAGGACGAACCACAGUCAUUGGCUGAAGCGGAGCAGCUUCUCAACCAACACGCUGCUAUCCGAGAAGAAAUUGAUGGUUACGCUGAAGACUACAAAAAAAUGCGCGCUAUGGGAGAUCGCGUCACUCAAGACCAGACUGAUCCACAGUACAUGUUCCUUCGCCAGCGUUUGGCUGGAUUACAAGAAGGUUGGGAAGAGCUGCAACGAAUGUGGGAUAACAGACAACACCUCCUCAGCCAAGGACUAAACCUACAGAUGUUCCUACGCGAUGCAAAGCAAGCAGAGGUCAUGCUGUCACAGCAGGAAAACUAUCUUACCAAGGACGAAGCCCCAGGCAGUUUGGAGCAAGCAGAAAACAUGCUCAAGAGACAUCAAGAUUUCAUGACUACUAUGGAUGCCAACGACGAGAAGAUUCGUGCUGUUGGAAUGUUCGGAGACCAACUUUGUCAAGACGGUCACUACGCUGCCGAUAAGAUACACAAAAAGGCGCGUAACAUCGAUGAGCGUCGUGAGGCCAACAGAGAGCGGGCACAAGCUUUGCUCGGCAAACUCAAGGAUGCUCUUGCUUUGCAACAGUUCCUAUCGGAUUGUGAAGAAUUGAGAGAAUGGAUUGAAGAGAAGAUGAUUCGUGCUCAGGAUGAAACCUAUAGAGAUGCAAAAACCAUAACGUCUAAGUUUGUCCGUCACCAAGCUUUCCAGAGCGAACUCCAAGCCAACAAGGAACGUCUGGACCAACUACAACAUGCAGCUAUUGAUUUGGGCGCGGAGAAACCUGAGUUCACUGGUACAAUCGAUCCUCAAAUCACAGAACUGGCCCACCAAUGGGAACAGUUAGAGAAGACUACUGAAGAGAAAGGGCAAAAGUUGUUUGAUGCGAAUCGUCAACAACUUUACGUACAGAGCAUUGCUGACAUGAAGGAGUGGGCCAGUCAGCUGGAAAAGGAAAUGACCCGUGAGGAUCAACCUGCUGACCUUACGACUGUGAACGUUGCCAUGCAAAAACAACAGAUGAUAGAGACUGAAAUGAUCAAAAAAGCACAUCAUAUUGAUCAACUAAUGGAAAUGGAGCCUCAACUUGAAGAAAUGCAUCCAGAUGAACUGGAAGAUAUUCGUGCUCACAGACUUGCGGUGCAAGAACAACUUCAGAGGUUACAAGCACCUCUGGACGAUCGAAGACGCCAGCUGGAACGCAAAAAGGCAGCCUUCCAGUUUGGUCGCGAUGUCGAUGAUGAGAAACUCUGGAUUGCUGAGCGUUUAGUACUGGCGCGUGCAAAACAACUAGGAGAAAAUCUUCCAGAUUGCCACAGGUUGCAAAAGAAUGCACAACUGCUGACGAACGAAAUCGAAAAUCAUGAGCCAUGGAUUGAGCGCAUAUGUAGCAAUGGCAGAGAAUUGAUUGAUGCAGGACAUGAAAAUUCGGCAGCAUUCGAACAGAAAAUAGCCGAACUUCGCGACGCUUGGCAAGAAUUGAAGGAUGCGCUCAAAGAUAGGAAGGACAGGCUGGCCGAAAGUGAGAAAGCGCAUCAAUUCUUGUACGACUGUGGCGAGGCAGAGGCUUGGAUGAGCGAGCAGGAACUCUACAUGAUGCAGGAUGAACGUGGCAAGGAUGAAUUCUCGACCCGCAAUCAAAUCAAAAAGCAUGAACGUCUUCAGUCGGAUAUCGACAAAUUCGCUGAUACAAUCCGAAAUUUGGCAGUAAAAGCCCAGAAAUUCGUUGACGAGCGAAGCCCGCUUAGCGACCAGAUUGCUCUGCGACAGUCCCAGAUCGAAAAACUGUAUGCAGGUCUCCAGGACUUGUCUAAAGAACGAAGAAAGAGGCUUGAUGAAACUUUGGAACUCUACGCUCUCCAUCGCGAAAUUGAUGAUCUACUGCAGUGGAUAGCCGAUAAGGAGGUGGUCGCUGGAAGCCAAGAGAAUGGGCAGGACUACGAACACGUACAAAUGCUCCAGGAACGAUUUCAGCAGUUCGCAAGAGACACAGAAAGCAUUGGAUCAGAACGAGUGGCGCGUGCAAACGAUGGCUGUGAUGCGCUUAUUGCUACCGGCCACACCGAUGCACCUACUAUUGCCUUAUGGAAGGACAGCCUCAACGAAGCUUGGGAAAACUUGCUGGAACUGAUUGAUACACGUGCACAGAUGCUUGAAUCGAGCAGACUUUUGCACAAGUUUUUCCAUGAUUGCCGUGACUGCUUGUCUCGAAUUCUUGAGAAGACACAUGCAAUGCCUGAAGACUUGGGCCGCGACUCGAGUAGUGUUGGAGCUCUAUCUAGGAAACAUCAGAAUUUCCUUAAAGAUAUAGAUGCUAUCGGAGAACAAGUUGCUCAAAUUGAGCGUGAUGCUGGCGAACUGCGCGACGGUUAUGCUGGCGAACGUGCUCUAGAAAUGGCAGCACGUGAGUCUGAAGUUGUGAAAGCGUGGAGGCAUUUGCGUGGUUUGUGCGAUGCCCGAACAUCACGACUAACAGACACGUCGGACCUCUUCCGGUUCAUGAACAUGGUCCGUGAUCUACUUCUUUGGAUGGACGAAGUGAAACGUGAGAUGACUACCCAAGAACGCCCUAAGGACGUUAGUGGAGUAGAGUUGCUGAUGAACAACCACCAGAGCUUAAAGGCUGAAAUUGAUGCCCGUGAAGACAAUUUCAAUGCUUGUAUUUCACUGGGAAGAGAUUUGUUGAAUCGCAAGCAUUAUGCAUCCAGUGAAAUAGAGAAGAAACUCAUCAAAUUGACGACUGAACGAGCAGAAAUGAUGAGGCGAUGGGAGGACCGAUGGGAGUAUUUGCAGCUUAUCCUGGAAGUUUACCAAUUCGCUCGCGACGCUGCUGUAGCUGAAUCAUGGUUGAUGGCACAAGAGCCAUACCUGAUAUCUCGCGAAUACGGUAGAAGUUUGGAGGAAACCAUAGCGUUCAUCAAACGUCAUGAAGCAUUCGAAAAGUCUGCGUCUGCGCAAGAAGAACGAUUCCUUGCACUCGAGAAGUUGACAACGUUCGAGCUAAAGGAAAUGCAACGACAGGAAGAGGAGGCAGCGCGUAGACGUGGUGGCCACCUCGGUAGCCCGUCACGAUCACAGCCCCACGAGACUUUUGGUUCUGAUCCCGAUGACUUCAACAUGACGUUGAGCAGUGUCGACAGUGGAGGAGUGCCACGAACCAGUACACUGGAACGCAGUCGACUGUCUACUGGUGAAAGCAGCGGCUGGCGCAUGUCUCUUGCUCGUGCGCCGAAAUUCGAUUCUCGUGAUCCUCGUGGUGCAAAGACCGGUGAUGCGUUUGAAGGUACAUUGAUACGAAAACAUACGUACGAAUCACUAGAUCGAAAGGCAUCGAAUCGAUCGUGGGAAAAAUUGUUAGCUGUGCUUCGAAACAAUGAGCUGACGUUCUAUAAGGAUGCGAAACAUAAAGAGGAAGGGGCUACAUUCCACAAUGAGCCAGCGGUUAGCUUACCAGGAUGUUCGGUGAAUGUUGCCCAAGAUUACCAGAAGAAGAAGAAUGUGUUGUCGUUGCGUAUGCCAAUCGGAGCGGAAUAUCUUCUUCAGUGUGCAAGCGAGGAGGACUGCCAACGAUGGCUUACCGAACUGCAAAUAGCAACCGGUCAGUCUCAAUUGGAGGAAGGAUCUCGUUCGCAAACACUGCCCGAGGGAGCCCAAGCAAAGGCUAAAAAGGGCGGAUUUUUCUCACGGAGCAAAAAGUAA